AUGAAAUCGGAUACUAAGAAAGAUCCGCCUAUCAGAAGUUAUUUUUGCCCAAUACAACAGCAACGAGAAGUACUGGCUUCUUAUACCAGCUCUGGGACAACCACAUAUAAGAACAUCGAUGUUGUUACUGAUUAUGCUAUCUGUCAAAAUGUUUAUAUUCGAGAACCUUCCACCGAUGAGAAUUUCUCAGAUGCUGAAGAUUUCUCUGAAAUAAUUCAAGAGCAAUAUCCACUUGAUGGUCGUUCGAAAGUCCCUUGCAUCUGGGACAUCGAACAAUUAGCAGAACGUUGGGGGUUCAAGGAGAAAGUUGGCAUCAGUCCCGUAUGGCAGUCUACAGCAAACAAUAUCGAUUUCCUUUACAAGCCGAAAUCAAAAGCGAAUACAUCAUCUUUGCUCGAUACAGCUAUUGAUAUAGAACAGAGGGUGGAUGAUUGGUCACUGAUUUAG